AUGGGAACUCCAGAGAGUGCGAGAGAACCAUGUCCCGAUCGGAUCCUAGAUGACGCCGGAAGUGCGUUCGGCAUGGGUGCUGUUGGUGCAUCAGCGGUUUACCUCAUCAAAGGGAUGUACAACUCUCCCGCCGGCGCUCGUCUCUCCGGAGGCGUUCAAGCUAUUCGAAUGAAUGCGCCGCGAUACGGAGGGAACUUCGCCGUGUGGGGUGGUCUUUUCUCAACCUUCGAUUGCGCCAUGGUGUACGCAAGACAGAAGGAGGAUCCAUGGAACUCGAUCAUAUCUGGCGCCGCCACCGGAGGGUUCCUCUCGUUGCGUCAAGGCUUCGCCGCGACCGCUCGUUCGGCUUUAGUGGGAGGUGUGUUAUUGGCUCUCAUAGAAGGAGCUAGUAUCAUGACCAACAAAUUUGGGAGUGUUUUGCAGAACGAGCAGUUUAUGGAGGGUGCUGCAGCUUCUGUACCGUAUGGUGUGACUAUGGGUCAGGUUUUUGGUCAGUCUGUACCGGAGACGACUUCUUCUUCUGGUUCUAAGGCAGGUUCGGGAUCUUGGUUUGGGAGUUUGUUCAAGAAGAAGCAAACAGAGGAUGAUUCAGGGAGCAAAACUCACAUUUUGGAGAGCUUUGAUGCACCUCCUGUUCCAACUUACGAGUUUAAGUGAUGACACUGAGGUCUAGAUUUUAAUUUUAACAGCUCGCAUUUCUAGAAUUAUAUAUAUUCUGCAAAACGCUUGAAGUUAGAACCUAAUUAGAGAGCAUCACUUAUUUUAUUAUCUAAAUUAGAUUUGUACUCGGAUGUGAGCAACGUUCAUUGUAACUAAGCGAUGUUGAAA